AUGCACCGCGCUGCCUCCAACCAGCGCUCGGUCUCCUCCUCCUCGGGCUCCUUCCAGCCGCCGCCGCCGCCGCCGCCGCCGCCGCUGCCGCCGCACGCCGCCGACCGGCAGCCCCUCUUCCAGAGGGGCUCCAGCAGCGGCGGCAGCCGGCGGGGCUCGGGGUCGAGCUCGGGCUCAGAGCGGGGGGGCCGCGGGGCCGGGGUCCCCCCGCGCGGCGGCGACUUCGCCUACGCGCACCUCGCCUGGCUCAUCUACUCCAUCGCCUUCACGCCCAAGGCGGCGCUGAUCCUGGGCACCUCCAUCCUGGAGCUGAUCGAGCUGCGCCUGCCGCUGGGCACCACCGGCUUCCGCAUCACCCUGGCGCUCUCCGCGCCGCUGCUGUACUGCCUGCUGCGGGCCAUCGGCACCGAGGGCGCCGGGCAGCUGCUCCUGCCGCCGCAGCCGCCGCCGCAGCACCGCGCCGCCGCCGCCUUCCUCGCCACCUGCCUCGACCUGCUCGACAGCUUCUCCCUGCUGGAGCUGGUGUUGCAGCCCGGGCGGCCGGCGCCGCUGCCCGCCCCGCUGCGCUACCUGCUCAUCGCCGUCUACUUCCUCUGCCUGGCCUCGCCGGUGCUGUGGCUGUACGAGCUCAGCGCCGCCCGCCCGCCCGGCGCCGCCCGCCUGGCCCUGCACCUCCUGCUGCCCGCCGGGCUGCUGGACGCGCCGCUGCUGGCGCUGCGCUGCCUCCUGCUCCUGCGCUACCAGCAGCCGCUGUCCCUCUUCAUGCUGAAGAACCUCUUCUUCCUGACCUGCCGCGGCCUGGAGGCGCUGGAGACCUGCUGCCUCCUCCGCCCCGCCGCCGCCCCGCCGCCCGCCAAGUACGGCCCGGCCGCCGCCGCCCCCGCCGCCGCCCCGCUGGCCCACGGGCUCUCCGACGUGGACGUGGGGCCCCACGGGUACGUGAACGCCUUGGCGGUCACCGCCCAGGGCUGA